UUUGUAGUUUUACCUAAUAAUUAUAUAGAACACAUAUCCUGCUUCUGCUUUUGCUCCCGCUUCCAUUCUAGGGCUCUUCACAGCGUCUUUCCACACCAUCGAACUGAAAUGGGUGACAAGAAAAAGAAAGCUACAAUGUUCAUCCGACUUGUAUCCGCUGCUGGGACUGGUUUCUUCUACGUCAAGCGAAAGCCAACCAAAAUUACAGAGAAGCUCGAGUUCCGAAAAUACGAUCCUCGGGUCAAUCGACAUGUUCUGUUUACAGAAGCGAAAAUGAAGUGAAAGGGGGAGAGGAAGAAAAGCUAUACUUGGAUCUAUUCUUCCUCCAAAUUUUCUUUUGGUCUUUACUUUUUGGAGCUUAGAAAUUACUCUUCUUCUCACUUCAUUUUAAACUAAUGUUUCAUAUUUCUUAAGUCUUUCCAUUUGUUUAUCUUCUUCAUCCUUUGUAAAACAGUAUGUUUGUUAAUCAAAUUCUAUAUUUAUUAACUUUUUGCCCGUGA